AUGAAGCUGCGUUAUUCGUGUCUUUUAUUAUGCAUUGUAUUUUUUUGUUGUGAGGCGUCGACAUUGAGAGUUCGAAGGAACGUGUCGGUGAUAAGUACGACUCCGACUGCAGAUGAAGACGAGGACGAUUGGGAAGAUUCCGAUUCAUCGGAAAUCGACGACGACGGGAAAGUUUACAAGAAUCCCAGGAAUUCUCCUUCCACCCUUUGUCCCAGAGACGAAGAACAAGCCACUCUAUUGGGUCAAAAAUGCCUGAGGAAAUGCUCGUCCGACGAGGACUGCAAGAGCAAGAAGAAGAAGUGCCUCUGCGACGGUUCUUGUGGACUAUCCUGCAUCAAACCCGACCGCGAGUGUCCGGAUCCGGAGCAAAUCGCUUUCGGAACGGUAACGGCCAGCGGCAAGCUUUUCGGAGCCAGAGCCACGUACACGUGCCAACACGGCUACCACGUAGUAGGCCUGCAAAGCCGCAAUUGCCAGGCGGACGGGCAAUGGGCCGGAAGCGCCCCAGCUUGCAAACAAAACGUGUACUGUUUGACACCACCCGCUAUUGACCACGCGAGGCACAACGCCCCGGCUGAGCAAAGCACCUUCGAUUUGGACUCCACUCUGCAGUACUACUGUCACACCGGUUACGUUACCAACGGCUUCCCCAGAGCGAAAUGUCUCGCUGUCGACGGGCAAGCUUCUUGGUACGGACCUGACAUAGUUUGCGAACCGAGAUCGUGCGGUCCGCCUACCGACAUUUCCCACGGCUGGCACGCCGGGGAAUGCUACACCUUCGGCUGCAGAAUAACCUAUCACUGCGCCGAAGCCUACGAGCUGGUUGGCAAGAACGAGCGGUAUUGCCAGGCGGACGGCACGUGGUCACCCAAGGAGCUACCCACAUGUGUUCUGGUGACGGCGGUGCAGUGUCCUCCUCCAGAGAACCCCCGGCACGGGAAGGCCAUCUACACGUCGUGCAGCUACAACUCGGUGGUCAGUUACGAAUGCAAGUACGGUUACACGUUGAUCGGGGAGAGCACGAGGCGGUGCGGGGCCGACAGGAAGUGGUCGGGGAGCCAGCCCGUCUGUAAGGAAAUCAACUGCGGACAUCCCGGGAGACUGUGGAACGGCUGGCUGGAGAACAUCGAAGCAGGAACCGGUUUGGGCGCUUCUAUUAUCUUCAGGUGCCACGAUGGGAUGUUGCUGGAGGGUAACACGUCCACGGUGUGUCAGAUCGACGGGAAGUGGAGAUAUCCCCUUCCGAAAUGUUUAGCUCCUUGUGUGGUACCGCACGUGACUCAAGGCAAAGUCAUCCUAAUCGGAAGGAACGAGACUGCGAUGACUUCUACAGUGGUGCAGCAUGGCGAAGCUCUAGCCGUUGAUUGCGAUACUCAUUAUGAGUUCUUAGCCAGUUUAUCUCCCGUUACUUGCAGCAAUGGGACGUGGACUUCGAUGCCCAAGUGCGAUCCAGCCAGGUGCAAAGCCCUACCGAAAGUGCCGCGCAACGGGAUGGUCAUCGCGCCGAAGAUGGAGCACGGCAUGAAGGCUCGUUUCCGAUGCAAAGACGGUUUCGAACUGAAAGGCGACGAAUUCAUGGAGUGCUCCUUCGGGAAUUGGACCGGAGACAUGCCCGUCUGCGAAGAAGUUUAUUGUCCUUACCCUGGCGAGGUGAUGAACGGCAAAAUCCUCCUGGUGGGCAACAUGGGCUUGUACGAUUACCGGCCCUACGUGCGCAAAGUGAUCAACAACAAGCAAAUAAUGUACGACUGCAACAAAGGCUACUUCCUGGGGGAGGGCCCGCCGGGCGCCACCUGCAUCGGUGGACGUUGGAGCCCCAGCGAACUUCCCAAGUGCCUCCUAGGCCAGCACCCUAGGAUCCGGUGGAACCGAAGGAAACGGUCCGCGAUCAUGGAGAAGUACAAAAGGGCGUUCAUCCGCAACCACAGGAUCCUCUACGGUCGCAGAGAGAAGAGGUACAUUCACAACUACGUCCAUCUCGCUAGCGAGGAUCGAGCCUCGCAUCAAAGGCACGCUGUAGCAAGGAGUGUAUCGCAGAGAAUCGCCCACGCGUUGCGUUCCUUCGAUGCAAUCAGAAGGAAAAAACGAGCGCUCAAAGGCGGCGGCGGAAGCAGAGCCUUGGGCACGGCUCACCGAGGCUCCAGCUCCAGCUUGAGCCUGAGAAGGGGCAACCGCAAGCAAUACGACGACGAAGAGGAGGAGCAGCACAUCAUACAAGUAGUGGAGCCCAAAACCAACAAAUCGAAGAACAAAGGCCCGUGCGAGCCGUUGUCCAGCGAACCCUACGUGAAUAUAGAGGUGGUGAAGUACGGCAAAGAGGCUAACACAACGUACAGCGCCGGAACCAUCAUCAAAAUGGCCUGCGGGAAGGGCUACGGCUUGAACAUACCCGAGAACAAGACGGCGAAAUGCGUCAGAGGAAAAUGGAAACCAGCCAAACCGAUGUGUUUAAUUUUACCGUGUUACGUGCCAGAAGCCCCGUUCGGUAUUUAUAAGCUCGCUAUACCGCCCGAAAGCUCCAACGCGUCCGACGUCGUCGACUUCGAUCAGCCCCUGAACGAGACCGACGACGUGGAGAACGGUCAGGCGGUGGAGUUCUCCUGCGAGGAGGGCUACCGAGUGCGCGGCCCGAGGAACAUGCGCUGCUGGCACGGGGACUGGGCCGUGACCGGUUAUCCCGAAUGCGUUCCAGCGCCUUGCCAGCUGCCGAAAAUCCCACUGGGUCAAUACAUGUCGGGCUACAGAGCCGGUUUGACCAUCGCAAACGGCUCUAGCGUUACAUACCAAUGCGAAGGAGACCACGAACAGUCGGUUUCCAGGCAAAUCCAGUGCUUGCUGGGCGAAUUGGAACCGAAUACCCCGACUUGCGCUCCUUACUCCGGCGCCGGGGGAAAGUCCGAAACCCAGUACCUGGGCGGCAGCGAUAUCGUGAAGGGCGGCGAAAUCACGGUCAUUCAAUACGGGAAUUCGGGCGGGAACCCUUGCGGACCGCCUGCUAAGGUUCGCGGUUCACUGAUUUACAGAAACGGCCAUCCUGUGGUGGAAGACGAAAACAAUUUCCCGGACGGGAGCGAAGUUACCUUCAAUUGCAUAGAGAGUAUCAUGGGCGAGAAAACCACGUGGAAGAUCAUUUGCGAGGAUGGCAGUUGGAUUGGCAGAUCUUUGAAUUGCGACGCCGAUGAAUUGGGAAAUACGCAAAUAUUGAACAACAACAGCACUUGCAUAUUCAGGAAUCAAGAACCAAACGUGAUAUCGUUCUACAACGAUCAGCAAAUUCGAGAAGACGUGGUGGAGUUCCCCGCGGGAGCGGUGCUCGUCAGCAGAUGUAUCGAUAUUGGCAAAUUCGCUAUGAUAGGUAAUUUAGGUCCGAAUAGAAGGAGGUGCAUGGGCGGCGAAUGGGACGGGGUGAAACCGGCUUGUUUCGGAUUGAACCAAGCCAACGAUUACUCCAUGGAAAAACCGCCGACGAUUUUGUUCAGACACCAACUGGGCCCCAUUGCGCAGUCAAACGAAGGCAAACUAAUAGUGUACCCGGGCACCAUUCUACACAUGGAAUGCCUGUGGAUCAGGAGAUUCGGGAACCCAAAGUGGACCGUUAGUCACGACUAUAGAAAAUACCCAGAAGGCUGGUCGACCGAUCCAGGCCGAGACGCCCAACUGGAAUACAGGCUGUCCAUUUUCCACGCCUCCAAAGACGAUUCGGGCGUCUUCACGUGCGUCACGCCGGCUAGAUACACGCAUUCCGUGGAAAUCGAAGUCAAAGCCGUUCAUUGCCCCGCGAUCCCCCAACGACGAGGCCUCACGGUCAACACGCAAAGCACCAAAAUGAACACCCGUUUGAAAUUCUCCUGCAUCAAUGGAAACGCCUUGAUCGGAGCGCCGGAGGUCGUGUGCCUGCCAUCGGGCAACUGGAGCUCCCCGUUUCCCAUUUGCGAAAGCAUAGAAUGCGGUGAGGUCGGAGUAGUACUUAGUGAGCACUUGAAAGUACUUGUAGUAUCUAGAGAAGUAGGCGGCAGGGCUAUUUUCAGCUGCGAGCCCGGCUACGGCUUGAAGGGCCAGUCCGAGACGAUUUGCCAGGCCAGCGGAGAUUGGGCCACCCCUUUCCCAACUUGCGCAGAGGUCCAUUGCGAUGAUCCGGUGGCUCCGGAGAACGGGUACAUUCAGGGAACGGGGCCGUACAAGGCCGGCGACGUGGUGCAAAUCAAUUGCAAUCCGGAAUACAUGAUGGAAGGCCAGCCCAUCAUCGCCUGCCAGGAGAACUCCAGGUGGUCGGGGAAGAUGCCCAAAUGUGUGCAGGCUUGUUCGUAUCCGGGGACGACCAUAAGCGGAAGGAUGUCUUCGGUGAAGUUCUUCUAUAAAAUCGGGGAGAACAUAACGUUCACGUGCGAGGAAGGGCUGGAGCUCAAGGGGGCGGCGAUGUUGAAAUGCCUGAAGAACGGGAAAUGGUCGAAUACGAUUCCUACAUGCGUAUCGGAGGGUUCGGUUCCUCCCAAACAAAUAUCCGUCUUUUAA